AUGGGUCGAGCAAUUGAUGGUUCAGCAUUGAGCUGGGCCGAAGCCGAAGAGGCUGCACCUGUAAUCCGCAAAUGGGCCACAGAGCAACUCCUCCGUCUCUGGCAUGAACAGAAGAAUCGAAACGAUCCGGCCCCAUUGUGGGGUGAUGAAAUCGAAUAUGCAUUGGUCGACUUUGAUCACGAUAAUUCGCGGGCCACAUUGCUGCUGGAGCAAGAGAGAGUAAUUCGGCAAUGGGAAGAAAGACGGUGUUGCUCAAGCGAUGAGGCUACGUUACAAUGGGAGUGGGCAACUUAUGUUGUUGAAACCACCCCUGCAGCUCCGUACAAUGGCAUGGUAGCGGAUCUGUUGAAAGUUGAAGCUAAUAUGCGUCAAAGGAGACAUUUAAUCAACCGAUUCCUCUUGCCUCAUCAGCAAGCCAUGUCUCUCUGUGUUUUUCCUCGAGUAGGAGUAGAAGAGACAUGGACCACUCCCAGUCCACCUAAUCGGCUUGUUUGUCCUUUGCCCCGGUAUCAAUUGCUGGCAAAUAACGUUCAGAAUCGCCCUCAAGGUCGGAUGAGGACGUAUUUUCCAAUCGCUCGGGAUGACUUGACGUCGAAUCCGUUCCGUGAUGACCCACCAACGGGGAAAGGGAUCCCUGGGCAUCUUUGCUUGGAUGAGCUAGAGAUCGGUACCGGGUGCUGCAGCAUUCAAACAACCUUUCAAGCAGCAAACGAGGCCGAAGCUCGAUGGUUGUACGAUCAACUCAUUCCGCUGGGUCAUGUUCUUCUUGCCAUGACUGCUGCUACACCCAUGUGGAAAGGAUAUCUAGUUGAUACCGACAUCCGAUGGCAGAGGUUUGGAGACUUGGUUGAUGAUCGUCGACCUGAAGAAAUGGACUAUUUGCCACCCCGUUGGACGUGGAAUCGGACAUACCUGUCUCGCGACAAGCCUCCAAUGCUAAUAGGCAAAGCUCCUCUACAGCCUAUGGACAAGACAACCAAGAACCGUCUACUUGAAGGUGGCAUGGAUGAUGCACUUGCCGAACAUUUUGCAUCAAUCCUCACCCGCGACCCACUCCUACUGACUGGGGCAGAUCUGGACAAUCUCAAUGAGUCAAACACGAGAUUGUUUGAGCUUCUUCAUGGCUGCGUUUGGCAUCAUGUUCGCUUCAAGCCACCUCUCACUGAUAAUGGGCCCGGGUGGUGUGUUGAAUUCCGACCGAUGGAGGUGCAACUGACAGAUUUCGAGAACGCGGCGUUUGCGAUCUUCAUGUACUUGCUUUCUAGGGCAAUCACCACCUUCCAUUUGAACUUCUACCUGCCUUUUGAUAUGGUUGGAGAGUCUUGGGAAACGGCCCAGAAGCGCAAUGCUGCGAUAGAAGGGCGUUUCUGGUUCCGGCGAUCUGGGUGGUCGUCCAAAUUCGAUCCCAACGACCAAUCGGCGAAGUGUAUGUGCAAAGAUGCGGCUCAUGAUCCCCAUGCGGAGAAGGAAUAUGGGCUCAUGACUGUUGAUGAGAUCAUCAAUGGUCAGGAUAAUCCUGCAGGGUUUCCAGGGCUUUUGGCCAUGGUGUGGCAGUAUCUUGAUUAUACUCAGGUUUCCAGUGUUGAAAAAGCCAAGCUCGCUCCGUACUUAGAUCUUAUUGAGCGACGUGCGAAUGGGACCAACCCGACUCCGGCGUCGUGGAUGCGAGAUUUUGUUCGCCGGCAUGCAGAGUAUAACCGCGACAGCUGCGUUAGUGAGCGUGUUUGCUAUGAUAUGAUGGAGGAAAUAUCUGCGAUGAACAAUAUUUAG